CAAGAAAAAAAAAGGAUAUUUUUUUUCAACAUUAGGUCUCAUGCACCUUAGAUCAUUUUGUCUUGAUCUUGAUUUAAAUUCAUGUAACUACGAGUUUCUAUUUACCGUCAACAGUGAAUCCCUAUUUUAGUGAAGAUGAAGAAAUUAUACAGAUACUGCCUCACUGAUCCUUUCAGACCUUCCACUUCUGAUGUGAAGUGGAUGAGAACAGGUAUUAACAUUAAACCCAUUUUACAGAUGAGGAAGCUGAUGCAAGCAGAUUCUUCUGUGCCUCUUUUGUCCCCCAGUCCCAGCCCGCACAGAAGCGGCACUCAGUGGUGCUGUUUACACGUUGACUGUUUCAGCAGCUCAGAAAGGAGAGGUACCCAAGAGUUAGCAAAAAGAGAACGACUUAGGAUUGCACUGUGGCCGCUCAGCUUUUGCCUUCUCCCUCCUCUAGGUGGGUGAGAAAUGGGUGACUGGAGUUUCCUGGGGAACAUCUUGGAGGAGGUGAAUGAGCACUCCACGGUCAUCGGCAGAGUCUGGCUCACCGUGCUCUUCAUCUUCCGGAUCCUCAUCCUGGGCACGGCGGCAGAGUUCGUGUGGGGGGACGAGCAAUCCGACUUCGUGUGCAACACCCAGCAGCCAGGUUGCGAGAACGUCUGCUACGACGAGGCCUUCCCCAUCUCCCACAUCCGCCUCUGGGUGCUGCAGAUCAUCUUCGUGUCCACGCCGUCGCUCAUGUACGUGGGCCACGCGGUGCACUACGUGCGCAUGGAGGAGAAGCGCAAGGACCGCGAGGCGGAGGAGCUGUGCCAGCAGGCGGGCGACGGCGGCGAGAGGGGCCCGCUCAACCCAGACCAGGGCAGCAUCAAGAAGAGCAGCAGCAGCAGCAAAGGCACCAAGAAGUUCCGGCUGGAGGGGACCCUGCUGAGGACCUACAUCUGCCACAUCAUCUUCAAGACCCUCUUCGAGGUGGGCUUCAUCGUGGGCCACUACUUCCUGUACGGCUUCCGCAUCCUGCCGCUCUAUCGCUGCAGCCGCUGGCCCUGCCCCAACGUGGUGGACUGCUUCGUGUCGCGGCCCACUGAGAAAACCAUCUUCAUCCUGUUCAUGCUGUCUGUGGCCUCUGUGUCCCUCUUCCUCAAUAUCAUGGAGAUGAGCCACCUGGGCCUGAAGGGGAUCCGCUCUGCCUUCAAGAGGCCCGCGGAGCAGCCGCUGGGGGAGCUGCCGGAGAAAUCCCUACACUCCAUCGCCGUCUCCUCCAUCCAGAAAGCCAAGGGCUACCAGCUCCUAGAAGAAGAGAAAAUCGUGUCCCACUAUUUCCCUCUGUCCGAGGUUGGGAUGGUGGAGACCAGCCCACUCUCUGCCAAGCCCUUCAGUCAGUUCGAGGAAAAGGUCAGCACAGGACCCCUAGGGGACCUGUCCCGGGGCUACCAGGAGACACUGCCUUCCUACGCUCAGGUGGGGGCGCAGGAAGUGGAGGCGGAGGGGCAGCCUGUCGAGGAGGGUGCAGAGCCCGAGGUGGCAGAGAAGAGGCAGGAAGCGGAGAAGGUGUCCACGGAAGGGCAGGAGGCCGCGGCAGUGCCAGAGGGGGAGAAAGUGGAGACCCCUGGAACGGGCAAAGAGGGUGAGAAAGAAGAGCUGCAGGCCGAGGUGGCGUUGAAGCAAGGGCUGCUAGCUGAGAAAACACCCUCGCUCUGUCCAGAGCUCACGGCAGAGGACACCAGACCCUUGAGCAGGCUGAGCAAAGCCAGCAGCCGGGCCAGGUCAGACGAUCUAACCAUAUGAAGUGGUGCC